AUGGAUAAGUGGUUGUUUGAUGAUGUUCCGAAGGCACCACUGAGGAAACCUGUCCUUUUCAAUCUGGACUUGCGUGUUUGUGAUCUGAUUUGCCCUCAAACUAAGACAUGGGACCUGGCAAAGUUACAAGAAAACUUCUUUGAUGCGGAUAUAAAACUGAUUUUGAAACAGAAACCGGCUAUGGGGGAGAAGGAUGCUUACGAGUGGGUGCAUAACAGAUGGGGAGCAUACACAGUGAAGUCGGGGUACUGGUUAGCCUGUUCUUUGGAUCAGUCGGAGGUUCGCAAGGAGGCAUUGGCAAGACCUUCUCUGAAUGAGCUCAGGAGUAAAGUGUGGAAGGUCAAUACAGCGCCAAAAAUUCGCAUUUUCUUGUGGAAAGCUUUAUCUAAUGCACUAUCAGUGACGGAUGAGUUGAUUGCUAGGGGGAUGAAGAUUGACUCAAGAUGUCAAAGAUGUGGUUUUUCGAGUGAAUCGAUUAAUCAUAUUUUAUUUUCUUGUCCGGUUGCGAGGCUACUAUGGGCACAAAUUGGGUUCCCUUUUCCUCCCAGAGGUUUUGAGAACCGAACUUUACUGGAGAAUUUUGCCUAUCUACUGGAAAUCAAAUCGAAUAAGGAGCUCCCUGAUGCUCUUACUCGUAUCUUCCCGUGGGUCCUCUGGAUGCUAUGGAAAAAUAAGAAUGCUUUUGAGUUUGAAGGUAAAGAGUACGCAGUUGAGGCUACAGUGGAGAAAAUUAAAGAUGAUGCAAGACAAUGGUUUCAGGUUCAUCUCCCCACGGUGAACAAUGAGGAGACUUGUCGCAGAAGGAAUAGUAAGGUGCAGUGGAAAGCUCCUAGUGCUGGUUUUUUAAAGUGCAACGUAGGUGUCGCCUGGACUAAAAGUACUAAACUAGCUGGGGCGGCUUGGUUUGCUCGAGAUAGCAGAGGGGUGGUUCAGUUGCAUAGCAGGAGAGCUUUUAGUGGAAUUGACUCAUUAGUAGAAGCUAAACAUCUUGCUCUUGUGUGGGCGAUUGAAAGCAUGGCUUUUCAUAAGAUAAAUAAGGUGUUUUUUGAAGUAGAAGCUCCUGAUUUGGUGGGUGCGAUUACGAGACCUCGGGCUUGGCCUGCCUUCAGGGGCUAUGGUGCGGAGAUUCUUGAGGUGUUACAGAGGAUAGGUGAGUGGGAGCUGCAGUCUAUUUCAAGAGAGGAAAAUAAAUGUGCUUUCUUGAUGGCGAGAAGUGUGACAAAGGAGCAACGCUUACAGUCUUAUGUGGCACAAGGAGAGCCGGAAUGGUUGAGACGGGUUCUUGAUGAAGACAGGGCAAGGAGGUGA